CCAGAUCUCCAUCUCUCUCUCUCUCUCUCCCUCUCCCUCUCCCUCUCGCGCUCUCUCCCUCCGGCCAUCAUCGAAUACCCUUCGAUCGCCGGCGCAUCUGUGGAUCCAUGGCGUCCUCGCAGGGUUUUCCCUCCGGCCCCCCACGGCCUCGCCCCGGCUUCUACCCUCCAAACCCUAGCUCAAACCCCAACCCCAACGCCCCUCCUGCUCCUUCUGCCGGAGCCCUCCCCGAUGCUAUGAGAAACAUGCAGAUCGCUCGGCCUCCGCCUUCCUCCGCUGCUCCUCGUGGCCCUCCGCCCUUCGCCACUUCCCGUCCCGGUGCUCCUCCUCCUCCUCCUCCUCAAACCAUCCCCAACCGCCCGCCACCCCAGCAGUUUUCCCAAUCUCAGCCUCCUUUUUCCUCCCGCCCUCCCCCCUCUGCUCCUAUCACCAGCAACGGCCCUCCUCCCGCUUUCCCACCCGGCGCACCACGAUUUCCUCCGGCCUCAUUGGCACAGGCACCGUUAGUAUCUGCGCCUCCGACCUCUGUUAGGGCUCCGCCACCAUCGGUCGUUCCGCAGGUGUCUCAGGGUUUGGCGCCGUUCCCUGGGAGCCCUCAGGCUGUGUCUCCCUUGGGGAUGCCGCCAUCCUCGCAGCCGUUUGGUGGUACGCUAUUGACUACAAAUCAGCCGUAUGGUGUCCCGACCAUCUCUGCUUCAUCUUUUGGGGCGCCACCAAUUGCUUCGCAAUCGUUGGGGGCGCCACCAAGUGCUUCGCAACCGUUUGGCGCACCACCAAGUGCUUCACAACCGUUUGGCGCACCACCAAGUGCUUCACAACCGUUUGGCGCACCUCCAAUUGCUUCGCAACCGUUUGGAGCGCUGCCCACUGCCUCGCAGAUGUAUGGGGGAUCGCCUACUGCCCCCCAGCCUUUUAUGGGCCCUCCCCAGCCCUUCUCAGCCCCGCCCGCAGCCAUACCUCCCUUUGGGUCCCAAAUGUGGCAGGCUCAGUCUCGGCCAGGUGUAACCCCAAUGGCUGGUCCUACGCAAACACCACCCCGGAUGUUUGGCAUGCCACCCCAGGCACCAACUCAGCAGUUGCCCCCAGUUCCACCAGUGAUGGGCCACUCUCCCCUUGCUGGUGCACAGAUGUCCACACCCUCAAAAAUAGACCCCAAUCAAAUUCCACGGCCCAUGCCUAGUAAUUCUGUAGUUUAUUUCGAGACCCGUCAGGGUAAUCAAGCUAGUAUUCCUCCACCUGCAUCAAGUGAAUUUGUUGUCAGAGAUACUGGUAACUGUAGUCCCCGCCUUAUGAGAUGCACAAUUAAUCAGAUACCAUGCACUGGAGAUCUUUUGGCAACAUCAAGCAUGCCCUUGGCUUUGAUUGUACAACCUCUAGCUCUUCCACAUCCAGAAGAGGAGCCUAUCCAAGUCGUGGAUUUUGGAGAAAGUGGACCUUUAAGAUGCUCUCGUUGCAAAGCAUACAUAAACCCUUUCAUGAAAUUUGUUGAGCAGGGAAGACGUUUCAUUUGUAACUUAUGCGGGUUCACGGAUGAGACUCCUCGGGAUUACUACUGUAAUUUAGGGCCAGAUGGCAGGCGUCGUGAUGCUGAUGAAAGACCUGAACUCUGCAGAGGGACUGUUGAAUUUGUUGCUACAAAGGAAUUUAUGGUUCGUGAUCCAAUGCCUGCUGUAUUCUUCUUCCUUGUUGAUGUUUCGUUGAAUGCUGUACAAACUGGUGCAACUGCAGCAGCUUGCACAGCAAUCAACCAGGCCAUUGUUGACCUUCCAGAGGGUCCUCGGACAAUGGUCGGAAUUGCUACUUUUGAUUCAGCAAUCCAUUUCUACAAUCUCAAACGAGAUUUGCAGCAGCCUCUUAUGCUUAUUGUUCCUGAUGUACAAGAUGUUUAUACUCCUCUUCACACUGAUAUUAUUGUUCCAAUUUCUGAGUGUCGUCAACAUCUGGAACAGUUGCUGGACAACAUUCCCACCAUGUUUGAAAAUAAUAGAGUUGCUGAGUCUGCAUUUGGGGCAGCAAUCAAAGCUGCUUUCUUGGCUAUGAAGCCCACAGGUGGAAAGCUGCUUGUGUUUCAAUCAGUGUUGCCGUCAAUUGGAAUUGGGUCUCUUUCUUCAAGAGAAGUUGAAGGAAAAACUAAUGCUUUUUCUGCAGACAAGGAGGCGCAUAAGCUACUCCAGCCUGCAGAUAAGACUUUAAAAUCAAUGGCAAUAGAAUUUGCCGAGUUUCAGGUUUGCGUGGAUGUAUUUCUCACUACCCAGUCCUUUGUAGACAUUGCUUCAAUUUCUGUCGUUUCAAAAACUACUGGAGGACAGGUGUAUUAUUACUAUCCAUUUUCUGCUCUUUCUGAUUCUGCGAAGCUGUACAAUGACCUUAGGUGGAACAUCAGUAGGCCUCAAGGGUCUGAGGCUGUUAUGCGCGUAAGAUGCAGCCAGGGACUUCAAGUUCAAGAAUAUUCAGGAAACUUCUGUAAGCGCAUUCCCACUGAUAUUGAUCUUCCUGGGAUUGAUUGUGACAAAGCCAUUAUGGUGACUUUCAAACAUGAUGACAAAUUCCAGGAAGGCACCGAAUGUGGAUUUCAGUGUGCAACACUAUACACUACUGUGUAUGGGCAAAGAAGAAUUCGAGUCAUGAAUCUUUCACUUCCCUGCACAAGCAUGCUCAGCAGUCUAUUUCGCUCUGCUGAUUUGGAUACUCAAUUUACCUGCUUUUUAAAGCAAGCUGCUGGUGGAGUCCCCACCGACCCUCUUCCUCAGGUCCGGGAGCAAAUCACAAACCUUUGCAUUAACAUUCUUCAUUCUUACCGGAAAUUUUGUGCAACUGUGUCAUCAUCUGGGCAAUUGAUUCUUCCUGAGGGCCUCAAGCUCUUGCCUCUUUAUACUCUUGCACUGAUUAAAAGCAUUGGGCUGCGGAAUGAUGGGCGAUUGGAUGACCGGUCAUAUUGGGUCUGUCGCGCUAUGGUACUAAACAUCUCUUUGGUUAUUCCUUUGGUAUAUCCUAGGAUGAUCGCAAUUCAUGAUCUCAUAUCAAAGGAGGAUGAGGAUGAAGAUAAGAAGUCCCUUGUUCUCGCUACUAUUCCUCUUUCUUGUGAGCAUGUAAAUGAUGAUGGGAUUUAUCUCUUAGAAAAUGGUGAGGAUGGUUUUAUAUAUGUAGGAAGCACAGUGAACCCAGACAUACUCCAACAAUUAUUUGGAGUUUCAACUGCUGAUGCAAUACCAACUCAGUUGGUACUGCAGCAAUAUGACAAUCCGUGCUCGAAGAAAUUCAAUGAUCUAGUUAAUGAAAUAAGGCGCCAAAGAUGUUCAUAUCUUCGCCUUCAACUAUGCAGAAAAGGAGAUCCUUCAGGGAUGCUGUUCUUUUCAUAUAUGGUCGAGGACAAAGCCGCUGGUCCAGGCAGUCUAUCAUAUGUUGAGUUCCUUGUACAUGUUCAUCGGCAAAUCCAAACUAAGAUGACAUGAAUGCAGUAAGCAUGUCACAUUUUGUUUAAAUUUUGAUUGGUUCCAGCAUCUUAUCGGGGAAUCGAGUUUACAACUUGAAUAUUGGCAGCAAAUCACAAAUCCCGCAAUGGCAGCCAUGCUAACUUAAGUUGCUGCGCCAAGUCUUUCUUGAUUGAAAUAGAACAGAUGCAGAGUUUGUGCUUGUAAUUUUUGAUAUCAUUGUAAGCUUAGGUUGACAAAAAAACAAUAAAAUGCAUCUUCUGUGUCCUUUGCUUUCUUUUUCUCAAUUGAUAUUAGCUUUAUUAUUGUAAAGAGAGGUGUGAUAUUGUUGACAGGAAAAUUGAGGGUUAACUAAUAAUUACCAGUUUGUUGUCUGCCUUA